GGGUCAGCCAGACAGGAGAUGGCAGUAGGCUAGCAGGCCCGAUGUUAGCCGACGUGCAGGCCAGUUGGUGGCAAGCAAGCCGCAGGCCUGCCGACGUGGAGACCAGCUGGAGACUAGGAACCCCAAUGCAAGCCGAGGUGGUGUCCUAGCAGGCCGAUGCUAGCCGACGUGGAGGUUGGUUGGAGGCUAGCAGCAACAUGGGUGUCCAACCACUUUUUAAUUGAGGGUACCACUCCAAAAGCCAUGGUUUUGACUGGACCAAAAGCAAACAAAACAGACUUACAGUUUAAGUCAUGGGGGCAGAAUCAUGACAAAGUGUUUUUGGAGAGUUGUCUUCUGUCUAUUUACAUGAUUUCAUUCCAAGUUGACUGCUAGCCGGUAUUUUAUUGUGUAACAGUAUUCUGAAAGCUACAGUUGUGUGCAUGAUACUUGCUCGAUUUGUUUUGUUUUUGCCCUUCUUAUAUACCAAAGGCGUGUCGGUAAAUAAGUAACUGUCAUAUAUACCCCCAUGAUGCAUGGAUCAAAGGGCCAAAGGCACACACAGUCCUGUGAUCACAUAGCACAUAAAAGCACACCACUCGUGCACUAUUUUUCAAGAUUUUCGUGCUAUGGCUGAGGAUGGUGAGCUGAGUCCAGUGGGGGGAGUCUUUUGCUCAUCAGGUCGUCCGGGCCGACAGACCUACGGAAGUUCAGCCCAUUACCGCAGCCUCCUUGGCGGCCUGCUGGAUCUCAGACAGAGUGGCCUCCUGUUUGAUGUGGUGCUGCUGGUGGAGGGUCGACCCAUCCAAGCCCACCGUAUACUCCUGGCAGCCUCUUGUGAUUAUUUCAGGGGGAUGUUUGCUGGAGGCCUUGAGGAAACACAGCAAAAGGAGAUCCCAAUCCCUGGUGUGUCCUACAUGGUCAUAGAAAAAAUACUUGACUACAUCUACACCUCAGAGAUUGAGUUAGAUCUGGAGUGUGUUAAGGAAGUCCUAAGAGCUGCCACACUUGUACAGCUGCCGAGUGUCAUUGGCUUCUGCUGUGAAUUCCUCUUCACCUGGUUGGAUGAGGGCAACAUUUUAGAGGUGCAUGCUCUGGCUGAUCUCUAUGGACUGCAGCAGCUCCACGCCAGGGUCCACUCCUACAUCCUCAGGAACAUUCAGACCUUGUCCCGAACCGACGUGUACCGACAGCUGCCACAAGACAAAGUCUUCAGAGCGCUGAGCAGUGAUGAGCUUCAGGUGAACAGUGAGUAUGAGGUGUACAAGGCGGCACUUCACUACCACUUCAGUCCUGAACAGGUGGAAACUGACCAGGUGUACUUGCAGUUGUCUGGCCUAAAGGACAAUCUCAGGAUGGUCGAUGCCGUGCGUUUCUGCCUGAUUGAGAAACAAGUAUUGCAGAGACUUCACGGGAGACUGAACAAGUGUCCACUGAAGGAUUCCGUUUCAGCUGCCUUGAGUUACCACGAGCAGGAGAUCUGGCAGCCAGUCCUGCAGAGUCAUCUCACCCAGCCAAGGUCCACCAUGCACUGUAUACUGGGCUUUGGGGGGAUGUUUACCUCUAUCUCCCACCCAGACAAGCAUGAGAACUUGUUUCAGGUUUUCCACCCGAGCUGGGGGGAGUGGAGGACUGUCACUGAAAAGCUCACGCCCCGGAUGUCCAACCAGGGCAUCGCUGUGCUCAACAACUUUGUGUAUCUUGUUGGAGGAGACAAUUACACCAGUGAAUUUCGAGCAGAGACCCACUGCUGGAGAUAUGAUCCGCGUCUCAACAGCUGGUGCUCCAUCCAGCCCCUGCAGCAGCAGCAUGCUGACCACUGCGUGUGUGUGGUAGGCGACCAUAUUUAUGCGAUCGGAGGGCGGGACUAUAAGCAUGCACUUGACUCAGUGGAACGCUAUGACCCGCACACCAACAAGUGGGAAUUUGUAUCGCCCCUAAAAAGAGAGGUGUACGGCCACGCUGGAGCAGUGAUGGGUGGCAAAAUAUAUAUCACCUGUGGCCGCCAAGGAUCGGCUUACCUCAAAGAGACAUACUGCUUUGACCCGGCGGCAAAUGACUGGGCAGCAUGUGCAGAGGGGCCAGUGGAGCGGGCGUGGCAUCGCAUGGCGGCUGUUAACGGACGCGUCUAUGUUAUUGGCGGAAGCAAUAAUGAGCGUGGACAUCGGCAUGAUGUCCUGAAGGUUGCAUGCUUUGAGCCCUCAGACAAUUCUUGGUCUUUGAUGACCCCUCUCCCCGUUGGACAUGAAGGACCUGGUGUAGCUGUGCUGGACAGUUGCAUCUACAUCCUGGGCGGACGCUCUAUUGACAGGGGCAACAGGGGGAAAUCCGUUCACGCGUACAACACCGAGGCAGACGAGUGGGAGUGUAAGGCCGAGUUUAAGGAGCGUGUCCUUGGAAUGGCAGCCUGCGUGGUGCUAAUGCCUCCUUCCGUCAUUGCCCAGGCCCAAAGCUGGGAGCAGCGCACCAAGGACUCUAUUGAAGACUAGUGAAGCAGCUGUGAUGAACUGAGUCUGUGGGCACAGGAGACUUUGGGUGCACUUUGUUUUUUUUGUUUUUAAUUAGCACGUUAAAUCUGAAGAAGUUUGAGGAUAUUGCUGUGGCAAUGUUUAUGUCAGGACUGUGUGCCACUCCCAAUGUUGACUCAGUAGUUUUGUUUUUUUGGUAGUGUUUCAUUCUGUCAUUUUAGUUUCAUUAGAUACUUCAAACCAAGUUUAUGUCUUCUAAUUUCCAAUGGCAUCUUCCCCAUUUCUAUUAUCAGCGCCGGUAUUGGGGUUGUACGGAAUGACCCACUGCACACUCUUAAAGGCUUUUGCUUGGACUAUGUUAAGUUUACUGAUCACUGAAGGGGCUGCUGAUCCAUAGAUCAUACACCCAUAAUCAAUAGCUGAUCUUAUCAUUGCUAUGUACAUCAUCAUAAUUGAUUCUCUUCCCAGCUUUAGGCUCAGCUUUGCUUGUUUGCCUUGUAGGAGACUGGUCAUGCACCCAAUUUGUGGUGCACGAGCAGAGUGAGGCAGCAGCAGGAAGUAAGCAGGUUCAUCCAAUAAUUUUCUUCGGACCGAACAUUCUGAUUGGACAUGGUUUUUUUCAUUUCAAUGACAGAGCAUUCAAAACAUUCAUCGCUAUUGGUGUGUUACGAGAGUUUUAUCUGAUAUGACAGAGUUCUUCUUAAAAAAAGGAUUUCUGCAUGAACUGACUCUUUAUCCUCUGUCCUGCUUGAGCUCAUUAUUAGUUUACUUUAUAUUUCUGCCCGUUUUCUCUCACGUCUCCUGGUAAUGGUACGUGCUGUACACUGGGUUUCUGUAAUGGCUCUCUCGCGUCAGUUGAAUGGAACAUGUGAAAUGAACAUAUCACGCUGACGGCUCUUUGAGGAAUUAUUUUCUGUCGAUGUGCUCCCUGCCUCUGACACUGCUAAUGGCUGUCUUGCCAGUUGUAAUGUGAGACGAGCAAGGGGAGGCCUCAGCAGUGUCAAAUUGUCUGUUAUUCCAUGAUUUGGGGGGGAAAUUAUUUGGGGGGUUUUAAAAGGGGUGGUAGGGGGGAUAUUCACGAACACGGUAAAGAAUAACUGAUUUUAUUCAUGAAGAUAAGUGUGUAUAUUAGUUAAUGGAUCUCCAUUUUGGCACAAAAAGUGUCGACACACACAUUUCAUUGUACCUGAGUUUGGGUGUAAUGAGGCUGCAGUGGAGCACUUGGUCACUUUUUAUUUUUCUUCCCUGCCCCUCAAUCUCUCCCCCCUGCCAAUUUCCCCUGAGCAGUUUUGACACACUCUUUGCUCCGACCGCUCCGGGGACUCCCCUGUUUUCCCAUCAUACAUCGCCGCCGACUGUAACUCCAAUAAACACCAUUAAAUUUCUUGUCAUGUA